AUGGAUUAUCGCUUGGCCAAGCAUCGCGAGCGCGUCACUCUCGUCGCCGGAAAGGUCAAGAAGCUCGCUCGCGAUGGCGUCAAGUACCGCAUCUACCACAAGACUACCAACAGCACUCGUAUCAGCACUCGUGAUGCGAAUGCCAUCAUCGAUAUCAGUGGCCUGAAUAACAUCAUCACUAUCAACGAGCAUCGACGCUGCGCGCUUGUUGAACCCAACGUGUCGAUGGACGCUCUCGUCACUGCCACCCUCAAGCAUGGCCUCAUUCCUGCAGUCGUCCCAGAGUUCCCCGGCAUCACCGUGGGCGGCGCUGUUUCUGGCACUGCACUUGAGAGUUCCUCAUUCCGCUACGGCCACUUUGACAAGGCCGUCGCUUCAGUUGAGGUCAUCCUUGGAAACGGCGCCAUUGUCGUCGCCUCGCCUGUGCAGAACCCGGACCUUUUCGAUGGCCUCGCUGGCGCUUGUGGCACUCUCGGAACUUGCACCCUCAUCGAGAUCAAGCUCAUCGAGGCUCGCAAAUUCGUCGAGCUGAAAUUCCUCCCAGUUUCCUCUGCGGCCGAAGCCCUCAACACCCUCAAGAGAUACACCGACGGCGUGGCCUUCAUUGACUUCAUCGACGCCAUCAUGUUCGGUCCCAAUCACGGCGCCGUCAUCAUCGGCACUAUGACCGAUGAGAAGAAGCCAGGUGUGCCCAUCGUCCGCUUCACCCGUGCUCAUGAUCCUUGGUUCUACCUCCAUAGCCAUGCUUCUAUCCCCCACGCCAGACACACUGACUGCGAGACGUGUAUCUACUCCGAGUCUCGCCCCUCCUCCAUGAGCAGCAUCGUCACCAACCUCGUGCCGAUCAAAGAUUAUCUCUUCCGAUACGACAGAGCGGCUUUCUGGAUGGGAACCUACGGUCGCAACCCGAAGACUUUCAACAGAAUCACCCAGUUCCUGAUCAACCCUCUCAUGAAGUCUAAGGCUCUCUAUGCCGGUCUUCACCACAGUGGCCAGGCGCAGUCCUUCAUCAUCCAGGACAUCACGCUUCCCGAGAAUAGAGCUGGAGCCUUUCUCGCCUGGGCUCACGAGAACAUCCGCAUCUACCCUCUCUGGAUAUGUCCCGUUAGAGCUAUCACUGAUGACACUCGCCGCAGCAAUGGUCACCGAUUCCGUGCUACCGAGAUCCUCAUCAACGUCGGCCUCUGGGGUGUGAAGGCCAUCGACUGGCCCGGCAUCAAGAACAUUGACGGCCCCGAGGCCUUUGAGAAAUUCGUGCGCGACAACAGAGAGAUCGAGAAGGCGACCCGCGACCUCGGCGGCGUCAAGAUGCUGUACGCUCACAACUACUACACCGAGGAGCAGUUCUGGUCCAUGUACGACAAGGAGGCUUAUGACGAGCUGCGCAACAAAUGGAGUGCCGGCGGUCUUCCCAGCCUCUGGGACAAGCUCGGCAAUCCGCAGCCGACCUACAUGGAGAAGAGUACAUUCUUCAAGUGUGUCUUCAAGACCAUCAUGAAGCGCGACUACGUGCUCAAGAAGGGACACUGA